AAUUUAUGUCUGAAAAACAAAAUCAACAAAAUCCUAAAAAGGGAGAGCCUUGGAAGCCAAAAGAAAAAUUUGAUAAGAAAGCUAAUAAAAAGAAGUAGGAAUAGGAAUAAGAAUAAGUAGAGGGAAAAUAGGAAACUAAUAAGCAACAAUAAUAAUAAAAUCAAUAGCCAAUCAUCCCAUAAUAAACAAUUGAUUAAUAAUCGAGUUAACCAUAAUUGCCCAUAAAUGAUAAAUAAAUUGCUUUAGCAGAUGCUUCAAAAGAGCCUAAUAAACGAAAAGAUUUUCUUUCACAUCUUCCAAUAUUUUAGGAUUAUACUUCUGUAAGUAUAAAAACAGUAAAAUAAAUUGAUGUAAAGAUUUUAUUGAAUUAUAGCCUUUUACUUUGCAUCAUGCUUUUAUUGAGCUUUGUAUUUAAUAUUAAAAUGGAUAAUGUAUAGGGUCUACUCAUAGAUGUGUAGAAUUUCUUAAUGCUUUGAAAUAAUUUAUAAGGGAUUAUAAGCUAUCAAGACAAUCAAAUUAUUUUGCUAUGGCAUUUUUAGAUGAAUUAAAGGAAAUUUUUAAUUUGAUGAAAAACUUUAGAACAGUAAAUGAAGGAAUGAGCACAUCAUAUUUAUUUAUUAGAGAAUGUUUGAUGAUAUUAAGAGAUACAAGACUUGAUGAAAAUGAAUCAAAAAUUUGGUUAUGUAAUUAGAUUGAUCAAUUUAUUCAAUCAAAAAUAAUUGCAGCAUCAGAAUUGAUUGUUAAAAAUGUAUUUAUAUAAAAUUAAUAUUUUAUAAGGCUACUUAAUUAAUAUAAGAAGGAACAACAAUUUUAGUAUAUGCUAGAUCGUAUUUGAUUGAGAAUUUCAUAAUAAACUAUAUUAAGUAAGGAAAGCAAUUGACCAUUUUUGUAGUAGAUAAUCCUUAAUUUGGAGAAGGAUCAUAAUUAGUAAAUCGACUAUAAUAAUAAGGUAUAUCUUGUUAUCAAAUAUUAUUAUCUCAUGUCAGUUACAUUCUGUCAAAAGUAGAAAUUAAUUAAAAUUAUUUAGGUUGACAAAAUUCUAGUUGGAGCAUCAUCUAUGUUAUGUAAUGGAGCUUUAGUUUCUAGAGUUGGAACUGCAUUAUUGGCAUGUUUAGCAUCAACUCAUAAAAUACCAUUUUUAGUAUUUUGUGAAAGUUAUAAAUUCUCAGAAAAAAGUCAGAUUGAUUCUUUAUCUUGGAAUGAAAUAGCAUAAUUAUAAUAAGGAAAUGAAAAUCAACAAUAUACUUCUUUAAGUCUCAGAUAUGAUAUAACAUAAUCUAAUUAUAUAAAUAUGGUAUUAGUGAUGAUAUAUUAUUUAAUAGAUAGUAACAGAAGUUGGAUUGAUACCGGCAACUUCUGUUAAAGCAGUGAUAGGAGAAUUUAAAAAGUAUAAUUAUGUGGAUGCAAUCGAAGUUCCAAGAAAAGAAUAAUGACAAUGUGUUAUAGGUAG